AAUUAAUAAUAUUUUUCUUUCACCACCGAAAGUCAUCUCAUAACCUUUUUGUUAUUUACAUCAUUUUAUGGUAGCUAAUAAUACUUUACGACUGAUUAUAAGCGUAAUUGUAAGUUCUACGUUACGAAUAAUUUUUAAUUCCUUCUUUUAGUAGUAUUCUAAUAUUGUUUCACUUUGUUUAACAAUAACGACCUCAACUACUUAUUCCUCUCGCAUCACUGUGAUGCCAUCUGGUCAGAUUGGUCGGAUUGGCCAGAUGAGAUUACUUGUUUUACAUUCGAAGCAUUCGAAGGACUUAACUUAUUGAAAACGUUUUAUAUUAUUACACUGAUACGAUUUAAUUAAAAUCACUCAAAAAAAUUAAAUAGAGAAAAAGAGAUAAAACAGCCAUUUAAAUAAUACUUAUAUUACAAUUAAAUACCGUUCGAUCAAUCUAAUUCUGUAUUAGUUGGAACUGCAAAGUAUUUUUCAAUAUCGUAUAUAGUUGUAAAGAUUGUGUGAACACAGAGGAGUGUAAUUGCAAGGUAUAAUCGUAUCUUAAAAUAAUUUGUUUUUCUCAACUCUGACAUCAAAUGUGUGUUUAUUCGAACGUCGGUGACACAAAAUUAAAUAAGGUUAAGCGUAAGGUUUAUGUAUUUUAAAGUGCACGGUGAAUAACAGUUGAAAUUCCAGAACGGAUAUUCAUCAAAUAUUUAAAAAUCGUUAAAAUCUCGAGAAUUGUGCAGAAAUAGAACUUCAAAAAUGAGUUUUACGUACAAUGCACCAAAAACUCAAGCCAGCAGCGCACCUGCAAGCGGUACACCAACCACGACAUUUACAUUUGGAGCAAGUGGUGCAGGAGACGCGGCAAAGCCGGCUGGAUUUUCACUCACAUCCUCUCCGGCACAGAACAAACCUAUGUUUGGCUUAGGCAGUACUCCUAGUCAAGGUACAGGUUUCAGUUUUGGGACACCGACUACUGUACCUGCAAACACUGCAACUACACCACGAGCAACUGGUCUAACAUUUGGUGCUGGUACAACUGCACCUACUGGAUUAACCCUUGGAACGACCAGUACAACAGCAACCACAGGGUUUGCAUCACCAGCUGUAACUGGAAGUACUCUGACUUUCAAUCUAGGAGGCACAACUACAGCAACAACAACAACAGCAGCAACAUCAGCAUUUGCGACUAAGCCUCUCACUGGUGGAUUUGGCAUAGGAGCAGGUGAAGCUGCUGCAUCCACUGCUGCAACUGGGUUAACAUUUGGUACACCAAGUACAAUAUCAACAGGAACUGGGUUCACCCUUUCCGCAACUCCAGCUGUCACCACGGCUGCGGCAACAACCACAACGGCAACAGGAUUCUCUUUAACCGCGAGUGGAACAACUUCUGCAGCUACAGGAUUCACAUUUGGUGGAGGCACAACUGCGUCUAGCACAGCAGCAUUUUGCUUGAAUCAGACUCCUGCAACAACGAGUCUGUCGAGUAGUCAAGCAGCAUUGGGGACCACUACAACUGUUACUUCGUCCUCUGGUACACUUCAACCUGCGCCUAUAACGUCGUUCGAGGAGUCAAUCAACAAAUGGACGUUGGAAUUAGAAGAGCAAGAGAAAGUAUUUGUAAGUCAAGCUGAGAAAGUUAAUGAGUGGGACAAAUUGCUUAUAAGCAAUGGAGAAAAAAUAGUGGCACUCAAUCAGGAAGUUGAGAGAGUAAAGGUCGAACAGCAGCAGUUGGAGCAUGAAUUAAAUUAUGUUGAUGGUCAGCAAAAGGAAUUACAGGAUUGUUUAGUACCAUUAGAGAAAGAAUUGGCAUCGAUUUCAGCGUCUGACCCGGAAAGGGAAUAUACGUAUCGUUUAGCAGAAGAUCUCGACACACAGUUGAAACGGAUGUCGGAGGAUCUAAAAGAAAUUAUCGAGCACUUGAAUCAAGCUAACAGUACUCAAGAUUCGAGCGAUCCGAUCGUGCAAAUCGGCAAAAUACUGAACGCGCAUAUGAACAGUUUACAAUGGCUGGACCAACAAACAACGUUACUCAAUCAGAAGAUACAGCAGAUCGAUCAGAUGCAUCAAAACUUUAGACAGGAACAUGAAAGAAGCUUCAGUUUAGCAUACAAUUAAUCAAUUAAUUAUACGUUAUUUUUACAUAAAAAGAAUUGAAUGAAAACAAGGUUGUGUACAAAAAGUAAAAUGUCUAUAUUAGAUUAACAUUAAAAGUGAAUUCAUACGGCUAUCGAAGGAAGGAAGUAAUGUAUUUUAAGAUGAUCCGCUAAAUGUAAAAACAAAUUAAUCA